UAACAGUUCGAGUUCGGUCACCGCCACGCACAGUCGGUCGAGAGUGGAAAGCGAAUUUUCCCGGGAAACGCGUCCGCUGCCUGGAGCCGCUACCCGAACGAGCGCAGAAUAAAAUUGAUAAAAUAUAGGAAAAUAUUGCUUAUGCAAAUAAUAAAAUGCCCACGAUUCGCGUGUGCCUGCAAUGGACUUCGGUUGUCUUCAGUACAAUCACCUUGAUCGUUGGCAUCCUGGCGGCACUGGCCGGUGUCUAUGAGCUGGACAAAUACAGCGAGGGCUCCGCGGAGCAUCUCGAAAAGUUCAUCCAACUGGGCAUGGCAGGUGCUCUGAUCUUGGCCGGAUUAAUCGGUUGCCUGGGAGCCAUUUUCGGUUCCAUCAAAGUGAUGGUUGUGAACCUGGCUGUGCUUCUCAUUCUGAUGGUGGCGCACAUCUGGAAAGUGUCCCACUACAACGAGACCAAGCAGCUGGACGCCACCGAGGUGUACGUGAUGGAUCUCUGGAUGAAGGAGCUGACACACCCCGGCGCCAUGAACCACUUGCAGCAGGAGUACGAGUGCUGUGGCGACAAGGGCUCCGCCGACUACAAAAGCCUCAACAUUAAGAUGCCGCGCAGCUGUUAUCACACCAAGGAUGGAUUGCACGCCCUGUUACCCUAUGGAGAGGGCUGCAUGGCCGUCGUGAAGAGAGCUUACCUGCAGAUUUACCGCUACGAGAGGUUGGUCCACUGCGGACUUAUUGGCUACGAGGUCGUGGGCAUCAUCUUGGGCAUCACCUUGUGCUGCCAGCUGACCAACAAGACUCGUCGCUACAACUACUGAUCACCCAUGACAUUUAUACAUAAGCACUUCCCACUUGGAUAUACAAUAAACAACACAUCCGAUAAGAUCUU